GUGCAGAACAAUCUAAAAUAGCUGUUCGCAAGUACAGGAAAGCAUACAUACAGCAUGGAUACCAGAGCGGGAGACAGAACUUGUUCAGCCCUACUGCAAUCAGGCAGAAAUUCCCUGUACCUGGAGAGUUCUGGUAAAGCAUCUACCAGUGACCAGUUGGGCACUACCCUGGUCAGAUUUCAAAUAAGUGAGUCAAAGGACAAUGAUAAUUUGGAGUCCUGCAUUGUAAAGGAAGUUGAGUCUCCGACACCUCAGAUGCUUAGUGAAUUGUCCCUGUCACUUCAGACAGCCAAUGGAGACAAAUGUAGUGAGACUGACACAGAACUAAAUUUGAAUUUGUGCACUGAUAGACAAAAGAGCCACAAUGGUGAAAACCAGAUUAGCUCCUGGACUAACACAGAGACAGAUGGAGAUGGAAGCUUGGGGUUUGAAGAAUCUAGUUUAUUGCAUUUUAAGUUUCAGAUCCAACACAAAGUCAGUGAUCCAGAAAAUUCAAGCAUGGAUAGCUGUCUACCACCAUCUCCGAGACUUGAUAAAAGGUCAAUUCCUUUGUCUCUCAUCCAUUAUACGGAAAGAGAUGAUACGUCCAGUACAGAUGAUGAGAGUUCAUCACCUGCCAAUAGCAGCGAGAGUAGGUUUACAUCAUAUGACGAAAGUUCAAGCAGUGACAGCAGUCUCUUUUCCUUUUUGAAUGACUCCAGCUUAAGUGAAACCAAUUCAAAAAAUGCAGACUGUAGAGACUCUAGGAACUCCAUGCUUACUGCAGAAAUGAGAACAGGUUUGAUGAAUAAAGUCACAGAAACUGAUAAAACUCUUUGUCCUCUUACAGCCAACGAGCCCUCGGUAGCUAAUUUAGAUACCAGCAGUGAAGUAGUUGUAACAGAUGUACUUCCAAAUUCAUUUCCUGAGACUGUCAAAAAUAAUCAUGUUCUAAGUUGUAGAAAGUCUGAAAUCGGCUCCUGUCUACACAGUUCAGUUAGCCAGUCGCCAACUAGUUUGAGCAACUUUCACUCAGCAGCAUUUUACAGCAAAGAGCCUCAAACUACAGAUGAGUUAUUUCAUGUAGAAAAUGCUGGCUGUCAGAUGAAUACAGAAAACAGUGGAGAACCUCUAAAAUGGAGAUUGGAGAAACAAUAUAAAUGGAAACAAAUGAAAAAUGAUAUUUCUUUCAUCCAUAACAUGUCUCAUUUUGACAAUCCUCACAAGUGGCAGGAUGAUUUAUGGGAAACAAGAUCACAUCAGCCAGAGUUUGAGCAGGUGUUAUAGGCCAUGGAUUAGAAGAUGCCUUACUAAUGUUUUCUACAGUUCCAGCAUUACCUCCCUGC